AACAAUACCACAAAGUAAGAACAAACAUAAACACAUGAUAAUAAAAUUACAAAGUCUCUUCAAAAACCUACAGAGUUCCUCUCAGCACAGGGUACAAUCUUUAACCAGACAGUUAUUUUUUAUAUUAGAAGUUUUCUAAAAUUUUAUGUUUAAAUAGACUCUUCAACAGUGUCCUGCCAAUGUAAGUAGCAAAAUAGUAUAAAAAUCUUACAGAUAAACAACCAAAGACAGGUAACACAAAAUAUGCUACAAACCAGAAUAACCAUAAAUAAAAUAUUAUAUAUCUGUCUGUCUCCCUGCAGUGAUAGUACUGGCUGACAGUUGGAGCAACACCACCUUCUUGCGUUAACACCCCUGCAGCCUUUCCACCGCUACCAUUUGGAGCCAGUCCAGGACAGAUCCAAGGUGAAAGGGGGAAGAGAGAGGGGGAAUAACAUGCAGCAAAGGGACGGAGCCUACGACCAGAUCCGCGGCCGCUGUGGCAAGGACACAGCCCCUGCACAUGGGGUGCCCGCUUUACCAGGAUGCCAUGAAGCUCUCCACCCCACAAGCAGCAGGAUUGGCUGUGACCACAAUAUAUUUUCCACCCUCCUGCUUCCAACCUCCACAGCUCGCUGCACAGGGCUGACUUCAGGUAUGCUUGUUGUGCUCCUUUUUGGCCCGUUUUUAAUUGGGUUUCCCCCUGAAGUACUUCCAGAAAGACGACGGGAUGAUGCAUCAAAAAGCCUCCAGAUUGAAUCAAAAAGCUCUGUGUUUCUCUUGAUGGCGAUGACAGCGAGGAUGGGCAGGGCAUGGCUUACAUCCCAGCAUCAUGGCGGGGAGCUGGAGUCUGGAGAACCACUUCAGAGGGGUGGAUAUGACCUCCCAUCCCAUGAUGCCCUGGCACAGAUCCUACCAAAUGGCCGCUACCCUCUCAAGGGAGCGAAGACGGAGCCCCACAGAGCAGCCCAACAAGAACAGGAGAAGCCAGAGGCUGCACAGGCCAACAAACCCAACAUUAACCACACCUAUCAAGUACAUCAUGCCCAUCAACGACCCUCUCUGCAUGAUCUGGAGGAUGAUCCCCACAUGGCAGAGAUCACCGACCUCCAAACUAAGGAGGUGGAAAACUAUCGUUUAGCCAUGAGUAAGAUGGCAGAGGACAUCAUAGCGCUGAGGACACAGGUGGUGACGCUGGAGACAGAAAACAGUCAGCUCCGCACUGAUCUGUCUCUGCAGCAGGACCUUGGCCGAGACCUGCUGGAUGAUACUGACAUUGACGUCAUGACCAAGGCUGAGAUUGCUGACCGUAUAGCCUCUCUGAAAUUCAAGCUGGCCAGUGAGACCAGUAAGGCUGCCUCUCAAAGGGACAGGAUCCAACAGCUGCAGAAUGAACUGAUCAGGAAGAAUGACAGUGAGAAGGAGCUACUUAAACUUCAAAGAGUCUACCAGCAGCAACAGCAGGAUCUGCAGCGUCACCACAGUCACAUGACAAAGGUGGCAACUUUGGAGGCCACAGUGAAACAGCAGGAAAAGGUCAUUGAGAAGAUGGAGAAAGCGUUAGACGGCAAACUCAGAGAGAGGAAUAAGCAGGGUGGUGACAAGAGGCUGGUGGUGAAAAAACAAAAAGGUGAGACUGACCACAGAAAGGAAGAGAUAGAGUCGGCCCUGGCAGCAGAAAACGCUCGUCUCAGAGGAGAGCUGGACAGGAUUCGGCAGCAGCCUGCUCCAGUCAUCAUACAGCAGGCAGCACAGACAAAAGACGCACUGCCACUCCAGGAGAGACUGAGUUUACUAAAUAAACUGGAGAUGGCCAAGGCAAAAGUCCAAACCCUGGAGGCUCAGCUGGAGGAGAACUCUAAAUCAUGGGGGAGACAGAAACAAGAAAUGUUGACCAAACUAAGUGAGCACAGGCACAGCUUCGUCCGGACGUCCACUACAAUCCUUCAUAACGUUCCUCUGAGGUCUGUGUCACAGUUAUUGCAUCAGCCGAGCAGACAGAGGAAGCAGAAGCCUUUAAAAUGACCCAGACUAAACACACACACAGAAAAACUUUUCUUUCAGGGUGUCUACAGGUCCUUAAAGAGUCUUAAUGUGUCUUCAGUUAAGUUUUCUUAAUAUAAGGCCUUAAAAGUAUUAAACUGUCUUAAACUCAGGUUUGAUGGGUCUUAAAUAUUUUCUGUCGCAUUACUGCAAAAAUGAUAUCUGUAAACACCCUGUCUUUGAUUUCAUGUUCCAAAUAAAAUAUUUCCAUCUAAAAAAUAUAUUUAAAUAUUAAUAUUAUAUUAUGUAAUAAAAUGAUAUAUAACAAGACAUACUGUAAAUCAGU